AUGAGGGCCGCGUCGUCCCCCGUUCCCGCCGCCAUCCUCGCGGCCCCCUCCGCCGCCGCCGUAGUCGUAAAGCCUCUGCCUCGUGCCGCAGCCAAUGGCGGCGGCAGCGGCAGCACAGGCAGGCGCGACGUGCUUGCCGGGACCGGGCUGGGCGCGGCGCUGCUGCUGGCGCUGGGCCCCGUGUGCGGCGCGGCGCGUGCGGCGGACGAGGAGUACGUGAGCGAGACGAAGGAGGUGAUCGGGAAGGUGCGGUCGACGAUCAGCCUGGACAAGUCGGACCCGAGCGUGGCCGACGCGGUGGCGGAGCUCCGGGAGCUGUCCAACUCAUGGGUGGCCAAGUACCGGCGGGAGAAGUCGCUGCUGGGGCGGCCAUCGUUCCGGGAGAUGUACUCGGCGCUCAACGCCGUGUCGGGCCACUACAUCAGCUUCGGCCCCACGGCGCCCAUCCCGGCCAAGCGCCGCGCGCGCAUCCUCGAGGAGAUGGACACCGCCGAGAAGGCGCUCCUCCGCGGCAGGUAG